CUUCAGGGUCCAAAAUCUAAGGUUUCGCACUUGGCCGUGAUGUUUUGUGAUACAAUUUGAUCAAGGUCCGGUUAAAGAGCAGGCCAACCCCAAGUCUGCCAACAUUGACAGCAUUUCAACUCGCGAAUUGCUUGAGAUCAUAAAUGACGAAGAUGCGUAUGUCCCUGUUGCUGUCAGGAAGGAACUCAAUUCUAUUUCAAAGGCCAUUGAUCAAAUAUAUCCACGCAUGCUAGCAGGCGGAAGGCUCAUCUAUGUAGGCUGUGGUACCAGUGGACGCCUCGGAGUAGUGGAUGCCUCAGAAUGCCCACCAACUUACAGCACUGACCCAGAUCAAGUUAUCGGCUGGAUGGCAGGAGGCGAUGCUGCUAUUCGUAAAGCUGCUGAAGGUGUAGAAGAUUCGUUCGAGAAAGGAGACUAUGACAUGGAGCAAUUCUCUCUCACCGAAAAUGACACUCUGGUUGGUAUUGCAGCAUCGGGAAGAACACCAUAUGUUCUUGGAUCCGUUGCGCAUGCUAAGAAGCGCCAUGCCCUGACGGUUGGAAUUUCAUUCAACAAAGGUAUUGCACUAGAAGAAGCUGUGGAUAUUAUGAUUUCCCCUGUAUGCGGCCCUGAGGUUGUAACUGGAUCGACCAGAAUGAAAGCAGGUACAGCCACGAAACUAGUACUUAAUAUGCUGUCAACUGGCGUUAUGAUUAGAUUGGGGAAAACAUUGGGUAAUCUUAUGGUGGAUGUCAAAGCCUCAAAUGAAAAACUCAUCGCAAGAUCGAGAAGAAUAGUGAAAAUGGCCGUUGGCUCUGAGGGUCAUCUUCCGGGCAGCCAGGAUAUCAUCGUCAUGGAUGAUGCCAAAAUCGAUCAGCUGAUGCAAGCAUGCAAUGGCCAAGUUAAAUUAUCCAUUCUCGUCUGUAUGACAGGACUCAGUGUUGCAGAUGCCAUUCUGUUACUCGAGAGAAAUAAUGGCGUUCUAAGGUCUGCGUUGCAAGAGCAGAAGCAAUUGCAAGUAUCCACUGCGAAUGGUACAGAAGAGGAGAAGCCAUUGGAAUCCAAAGCCCGGUAUAUUGCAAUCGAUUGCGGGGGCACAAAGAUGGCAGCUGUCAGCCUGGAUGAAAGUGGAAACGUGGUUGGACAAAGCAAUAUUCCUUCCACCAAUUUUGCUACUACACCAUUAUCUGUGUUUAUUUCUAAUAUCGAGAAGGUCACCCGUCUGGCCUGCAAUUCAGUUGGUAGCCUUCCCAAUUUUGAAGCUAUCUGGAUAGGAUCUGCCGGUUGUGAUGCCAUUGAAUCUCAAAACCAUCUCAAACAAGAAUUGGCAAAGCUAUUUAGCGUCAUUGAUGACUCCAAAAUCAGAGUGACAAAUGAUGUCGACCUCUUAGCUUCUGGCCUUGGUGGCAAAGAAGGUGCUGUUCUCAUUGCUGGCACAGGCUCCAUCGCCAUUCGAUAUGCUGAUUCAGGAGAACGAAUCAGACGGAGCGGAGGACUGGGCUAUCUUGUCGGCGACGAAGGAAGUGGCUGGGACAUUGGCCGAGCCGCAAUUCAGCACACUGGUAGUGUCAUCGAUGAGCGAUGCUCUCCAACUGAACUCAGCAAGCGAGUUUUAAGUGAACUUGGAUGUACUGACCGAGUUCAGUUUAUCAAAUCGAUUUAUGAUGGAGAUGAAUCAAGUCGCAAGGCUCGCAUAGUCAAACUCGCUCAAAUUGUACUAGCAUGUGCUCAAGAAGGCGGUUGUACAACGUCAUUGGAGAUAUUGACACACGCUGCGACAAACUUAUCAAGAAUUGCCCAAUAUGUCAUACAGCAAGGAGAUACACUAGUUCUCGGCGGGGGGCUUUUGACUGGCUCUUCGUUUUACCAGGAGAGUGUUAUACAGACCCUGACCAAAGAAGGAAUUUCAUUAGAUAAGCUGGUGGUGGUGGAUAAUGCUGCCAUGUCUGCAGCGCUUUCUUUACUUUAAUUUUUAACAUACAAUAAACCAUCCAUAUAUAGUUCAAUGAAUCCAUUACCUAAAG